GGCCUGUCCGGUCGCACCCUCCUGCAGCCACGUCUCCCCCCUCGGUAUGGACGCUGGCCGCGACUUCCUGACCCUGCAUGGCCUGCAGGAUGACCGUGACCUACAGGCGCUGCUCAAGGGUGGGCAGCUGCUGAAGGUCAAAUCGGGCUCCUGGCGGCGAGAGCGCUUCUACAAGCUGCAAGAGGACUGCAAGACCAUCUGGCAGGAGUCGAGGAAGGUCAUGCGGACGCCCGAGUCCCAGCUCUUCUCUAUUGAGGACAUCCAGGAGGUGCGCAUGGGACACCGCACCGAGGGCCUGGAGAAGUUCGCCCGUGACAUCCCGGAUGAUCGCUGCUUCUCCAUCGUCUUCAAGGACCAGCGCAGCACGCUGGACCUCAUCGCCCCCUCCCCGGCUGAUGCCCAGCACUGGGUACAGGGGUUACGGAAGGUCAUUCACCACUCGGGUGCCAUGGACCAGAGGCAGAAGCUACAGCACUGGAUCCAUUCCUGCUUGCGGAAAGCGGACAAGAACAAGGACAACAAGAUGAGCUUCAAGGAGCUGCAGAACUUUCUGAAGGAACUGAACAUUCAAGUGGACGACAGCUACGCCCGCAAAAUCUUCAGGGAAUGUGAUCACUCUCAGACUGACUCCCUGGAGGAUGAGGAGAUAGAGGCCUUCUACAAGAUGCUCACCCAGAGGGAGGAGAUCGAUCGCACCUUUGCCCUGGCUGCUGGGUCCGGAGACACGCUGUCUGUGGACCAGCUGGUGGCCUUCCUGAGACACCAGCAGCGGGAGGAGGCAGCGGGGCCAGCACUGGCUCUGUCUCUCAUCGAGCGUUACGAGCCCAGUGAGACAGCCAAAGCCCGCCGGCAGAUGACCAAGGACGGCUUCCUCAUGUACCUGCUCUCUGCGGACGGCAGUGCCUUCAGCCUGGCACACCGGCGCGUCUACCAGGACAUGGGGCAGCCACUCAGCCACUACCUCGUGUCAUCCUCGCACAACACCUACCUGCUGGAGGACCAGCUGACCGGGCCCAGCAGCACCGAGGCCUAUAUCCGUCCCCAUGGUCUCCAGGAAGACAAGGUCAGGCUGGCUCCAGAACUUUCUGACAUGGUCAUCUACUGCAAGAGUGUCCAUUUUUCGGGCUUUGCCAACCCCGGGACCAAUGGGCAGGCGUUUUAUGAGAUGGCCUCCUUCUCGGAGAACCGCGCCCUGCGCUUGCUCCAGGAGUCAGGCAAUGGCUUCGUCCGCCACAAUGUGGACCACCUGAGCAGAAUCUACCCUGCCGGCUGGAGGACGGAUUCCUCCAACUACAGCCCGGUGGAGAUGUGGAACGGGGGGUGCCAGAUAGUGGCCCUGAACUUCCAGACGCCUGGGCCAGAGAUGGAUGUCUACCAGGGCCGUUUCCAGGACAACGGGGCCUGCGGGUAUGUGCUGAAGCCUGCUUUCCUGCGGGACCCCAGCACCACCUUCAACUCCCGCGCCCUGACUCAGGGGCCUUGGUGGGCCCCGAAGCGGCUGAACAUCAGGGUAUGGCUAGAUUCCGAGGGACAGGUGCCCCCUGGAUCUUUCCUUCCUACUUUAUGA